AUGGAUUAAGAUCAUUAAGGUACAGAAAACAAUCCAAAUAGUGAUUCAAUUAAUCAAUACUAAGAAAUUAUUGACUCAAUAAAAAGUGGAAUCGAAGCAUUUAAAAGCAACGAUGAAGAUUAGGCUAUUAUCAAUUAUUUGGAAGCAAUUCUUAGUAUCGAAGAUGAAAAAGAAAAUGAGAAAUUAACAUAAUAGCAAAGAGAUGAAUUGUAGCAAUUAGAAAUAAGAUCCAGAAACUAUUUUGCAGAAGUAAAAGCUCACAUUAACGAUUUUCACAGUGUUAUUAUUCAAUCAGAAACUGUUUUAAAGCUUGACCCCACCAACUCUUAAGCAAAAUUCAUGUUAGCUAAAGGACUUCAUAAAAUGAAUAAAUUUGAAAAAGCAUUUUAGAUAAUAAGUGAACUAAAAGAAUAAACUGACAACAUUAAUAAUAGAGAAUAUCUUGAGCUUUACAGCUAAUGCGAAAAAGAUUUACAAUAAUACAUAAAAGAAGGAAAGAAAGAAGAGCAACAAAAUUACAAUAUCAAUAAAUACAAUCUAAAAAUGGGUUCUGGAAUUGGAGAUUAGGGACAGCAAUUAGAGUUUUUAUGA